AUGGGGUCUCAGACUUCUGGAAACUGGAAAGAACUGGCGCAGAUCUGCGUCAAGAUCCAGCAAGAUUCUAUACCCAAGCAAUGGAUGCUGUCGAAAGACAAGUUGCCCUCAGAGGAGACGCUCAAUGUCUCAUCAGUGCCUUAUGAUGCUGGCACAAUGUCAGCCGAGGAAUUGGAGAUGACGGCACAGGAUGCUGGAGGAUUACUGAAGGCAUACGAAUCCGGGAGAUGGACGGUGAAGCAGGUUAUUACGGCGUUCUUGAAAAGGGGCACAGUCAUGCAACAAAUGACAAACUUCGCCACAGAAUUCUUGGCCGAAAGUGCGUUGCAGAAAGCAGAGGAGCUUGAUGCCCAGUUCAAGGAGACAGGCAAGCUUUCAGGGCCGCUGCAUGGCAUUCCAGUCUCGGUCAAGGAACACAUCGGCAUGGACGGCCACAUCACGCAUGCGGGGUUCGUCAGCAAAAUUGGUAAUGUUCCGAAGGAAGAUGCACUGAGCAUCCAAUUAUUGAAAAAGGCUGGGGCUGUCAUCCAUGUGCGGACGAAUCAACCGCAGUCUCUAAUGCAUCUUGACAGUAACAACAACAUCACAGGAAUGACCCUUAACCCUCUGAAUCUAAAGCUCUCGCCGGGUGGCUCGUCUGGGGGUGAAGGUGUUUCCGUCGGAUCGAAGUGUUCUGUCAUUGGAGUAGGGACAGACAUCGGUGGAAGCGUGCGAGCCCCGGCAGCUUUCAACGGGUGCUACGGCCUCCGACCCACAGCACUUCGCGUGCCAAACCUAGGCAAUUUCGGUAUUACGGCCGGACAAGAGAGCAUUCGUGGUGUUGUUGGACCCCUUGGCCAGUCUGUUGAGGAUCUGGAGUUGUUCAUGAGCGCCAUUCUUGGGGGCAAGCCGUGGGAUGUCGAGACGAUGUUGGUGCCUAUUGAAUGGAGGAAGCUUGCACCGAACAAAGAGAUGACGGUUGGGAUUCUGUACGACGAUGGAAUCGUGAAACCACACCCUCCAAUGGUCCGAGCGUUGAAAAUAGCAGCCGAGAAGCUCAAUAGCGCGGGUAUCAAAGUUGUCAACUGGGAGCCAUUCGAACACCAAAGGGGUUGGGAUAUUGUGUCUGCCCUCUACUUCCCGCAAGGUCCCAGUCCGUAUCUAGACACAUUUGCCGAAACUGGCGAACCCGUUUUGCCCCUAACACAGCACGCGUUUAACUUCAGCAGCAAAGAGCCUUUGACCAUUGCCGAGAACUGGAGUCUGAACUACCAAAAAGAAGCAUAUCGACGUGAAUACCAUGCCUUGAUGAAGGAGAGAGGAGUUGACUUCAUUCUCUGCCCAGCGUAUCCUGGUGCAGGUGUCUUGCAGGGUAUGGCCAAGUACUGGAACUACACUGCUAUCUGGAACAUAUUGGAUCAGCCUGCUUCAAUAUUCCCUAGUGGAGUGAAAGUGGAUAAGGAUAUUGAUCGGCCGUAUGAGGGCUACACACCGAGAAAUGGGCACGAUGAGUGGGAAUUGAAAGCCUACGAUCCAGAGUUGAUGCACGGUUUCCCUGUAUGCCUGCAACUCGCAGGAAAGCACUUUCACGACGAAGAGGUCCUACAGGCAUCAAAGCUGAUAGAUGCGAUUUUGAAGAAGUAA